AUGGAAACCUCGUGGUCAGUAACGGUAUACGAUAUGCCGUCGCCUUCAACCAUCAUGUCCUGGAAACCCUCGCUCCUUCGAAAAUCGUCGAGCAAGACAAACAAGAAACCCGUGGUGGCGGACCUCUUCCUCCAAGCCUUAGCAGAAGCAAAUGUAGACUACAUUUUCGCGGUUCUGGGCUCCGAUCAUCCCAGCAUCAUCGAAGCAUACUUGCGACGCCAGCAGGAGGGCAAAGAAUGGCCGAAAAUGCUUCAUUUCCAACACGAGGUUCGUCGCGUCCCACUCCCAAUCACGGCUUCUCACUCACUCACCAAACUGACCACAGGCAGCCCACCAUGCGUCCUCGUACACGUCGACGUCGGAACCGCCGCUCUGGGCCAAGGUCUGCACAAUUCCUCGACUGGUCGAGCACCGAUGUUGAUUUUCGCCGGUUUGGCCCCGUAUACGCUUGAUGGACCCGGGCGCUCUGGUGGUUGUAGGUCGGAACAUGUGCAAUGGAUGCAGGAUGUGCCCCAUCAGGGGGCGAUUGUCGCGCCUUAUGUGCGGUACUCGAAUGAGAUUCGCGUUGCGGAGCAUGUUAGGAGUUUGGUGUUUCGUGCUCUGAUGAUGGCGGGAUCUGGAUCGCAGGGACCGACGUAUUUGACUGCGGCGCGGGAAGUGUUGGCGGCACCGGUACCUGUGUCGAUGCUUACGACUUCGCACCAUCAAUCGACUGGGGGGAGCGUCAUGGGCGGAUUGCCUCCUGGUGCUGUGGAAGCGAUGGGACAGGCUCUGCUGACAGCCGAUGCACCACUGGUGAUUACCGGAUACCUUGGGCGUAAGACUUCAGCGGUGCAGCAGCUGAUCGAUCUUUGCAAUCUCGCGGUAGGCUUGAAGGUUUUCGACGCGGAAACCCGACACAUGUCUUUCCCGGCCAAUCACCCAGCAUGGCUUCCACGAUCCAUGGGAGGUUUCGCCGCGGUUCGAGAAGCAGACUGCAUUCUUGUUCUGGAUUGCGAUGUGCCGUGGAUCCCUUCCCACAUCAAGCCGAGCACUGCUACGAAAAUCUUCCAUGUCGAUGUCGAUCCGAGAAAGGAGAAGAUGCAGUUGUUCGACAUUGGCGCCGAAGCGACUUAUCUGGCUGAGUGUGACCUAGCACUGGGUCAGCUCGUGGAGUAUGUGAUGGCACAGAAAGCGUCUUUGACCGUAGACGGUCACACACGGCUUCGCGACCGAUGGGCCUCGAUGGAGUCUGCGCACAAGGACAGACUAGAAAUUUUGGAAGCUCGGGCGCAACCCAGCUGGACAGGCGCAAUCAGCAUCGCUUAUCUUGGAGCAAGCCUCCGAAGGAUCCUCCCUCGAGAUACGGUCUAUGUCCAUGACGCGGUCACCAACACCACAGCUUUGCUGGAACAGCUUCAACUGGAGACACCCGGGACGUCGCUUGGCAAAGGUGGCAGUGGACUUGGCUGGGCUGGCGGAGCUGCGAUCGGAGUGAAGCUGGCGCGAGAUCGAGAAGCUUCGACAAGCCUGAUCUGCAGCGUGAGUGGAGAUGGCGCGUUCGUCUUUGGAGUGCCCACCGCUGUGCAUUGGGCCCAGAAGCGUUUGUGUACGCCCUUUCUCAGUAUCGUCUUGAAUAACGGAGGCUGGAAGGCUACGAGGAUUGGAAUUCAGGAUGUGCAUCCCCAAGGCUUGGCGGCUGCGGCUUCAGAUGACGAACUUGGAAUUGAUUUGACCGACGAUAGUCCUGACUACGUCGGCGUUGCGGUGGCUGCCUCGAAUGGUAGUCUGUGGGGUACUAAGGUGGCGAAGGCAGGAGAGUUGGAAGAAGCGUUGCGUCAAGCAAUUCAAAUGGUGAAGGAAGAGCGUAGGGGAGCGCUUCUUGAGGUUGUCAUAAGCUGA